GAACUCGGCCACACAAAUGCACAGAUUGUGACAUGGCUUUCGUGACCAGCGGAGAGCUCGUUCGUCAUCGUCGCUACAAACACACACACGAGAAACCCUUCAAGUGUUCCAUGUGCGACUACGCCAGUGUGGAGGUGAGUAAACUGAAGCGCCACAUUCGUUCCCACACUGGUGAGCGUCCGUUCCAGUGCAGCCUCUGCAGCUAUGCCAGCAGAGACACGUACAAGCUGAAGAGACACAUGAGGACACACUCAGGAGAGAAACCUUACGAGUGCUACAUCUGCCACGCCCGAUUCACCCAGAGUGGGACCAUGAAGAUGCACAUUCUGCAGAAACACACGGAGAAUGUGGCCAAAUUCCACUGCCCACACUGCGACACGGUCAUCGCACGCAAGAGUGACCUGGGCGUGCAUCUUCGCAAGCAGCACUCGUUCAUUGAGACUGGAAAGAAGUGUCGUUACUGCGACGCCGUUUUUCACGAGCGCUACGCUCUGAUCCAGCAUCAGAAGUCCCACAAGAAUGAGAAGAGGUUCAGGUGUGACAUGUGUGACUACUGCUGCCGCCAGGAGCGCCACAUGGUAAUGCAUCGCCGCACCCACACUGGAGAGAAACCGUACGCAUGCAGCCAGUGUGAGAAGACCUUCAGACAGAAGCAGCUCCUGGACAUGCACUUCAAACGCUAUCAUGACCCCAACUUUGUCCCCACUGCUUUUGUUUGCCCCAAGUGUAACAAGACGUUCACACGCAGGAACACCAUGGCUCGCCACUCAGAGAACUGCAGUGGGGAAGUGGAGGAUGCAGAGAAUGGAGGUCUGAGCCCAAAGAAGGGGAGGCGAGGAAGAAAGAAGAAGAUGAGGAGCAGGAGAGAUGAAGACGACAGCGAGGACGACCAGCCUGAAGCAGAGGAGGACGACGACGACGAGGGCAUGGAGGAAGCUGCGCUGCUACAGGAAGAGGAUGAGCCUGAAGGCAUGGAACUGGAUCAAGCCCCCGCUGCCAUCCCUGUGCCCGCUCCCGAUGAGCCGCCGGUGAAGAGGAAACGAGGCCGACCCCCAAAGAACCCCCCGAAGCCUCCAACACCCAGCAAGUUGAUGAAAACUGCCGUCCUGUCACCUGCUGCUGACGCUGCCAUCAUUCAGGACGAGGACGAGGGCACCGAGGCGGUGGAGGACAUGGUCCUGAAGAAGGAGGAGGAGGAGGAGGACCCGGCGGGGGGCGUGACCCUGACUGUGGAGGAGGGGGUGUCGGGUGACGUCGGGGUGGAGACUGUGGAGCUUUCUGUGAGUGAGGAAACAGCAGCAGCUGCUGCCAACGGAGAUUUAACACCUGAGAUGAUUCUGAGUAUGAUGGACCGGUGAAGGCUGCGCACACACACACACACACACACACACAGGUCAUAGCAGCCAUUUUUAAUCGAUGAUGAUGACAUAAAAAAAAACACCGCGUACAAAAAGCUGUAUGUAAAUAUUUACACACACAAUUUUAAUAUUUGUUUAAAUCAGUCCUAGGUGUGUUUGUCCCACAGCAGCUUCAGCACUUACACACAGAUCCAAGCCAAGGCUCCUUCCUCAUCUUCACUGCUUUUCUCAGCUUCAAAUUAUCCGAGUGUGUUUAGCUUCUUCCUUCUCAAAGCCACAUCCUGUGUCAGUGUACCCACACUCUGAUUACACACACACACACACACACACAUAUGGCUUAGUCUGAGUAACACCACCUGUAUUUUAACACAAACAUGGCUGCUUAUGAAGCGUCUUCCCCUUAAACCAGUAUCUCACAGAGCUGAGGCCUGUUAGAGACUCUAGUUAUUUGUUAAAUCACAUUCCUGAAGGAGCCUCUGAACCGUCUCCAACCAUUCACAAUCUGUCAUCAUCAGUGUUGCAGAGGCUCACAUUUUCAUCAUGUUCCAAAUUUCUGUUCUAAAACUGUCGUAGUCAUGAUCUCCUGUCAGAGGCUACAGCCCCAAAUGUUGGCUGCCAAGCUGGGUACAAUGUGGGCAACCAAAGAACUUGUUACCUGUAGCCUCACCACUCACCAGCCGGGUUUCCGUUCAAUUUGAACGCACAUUUUGAGCUAACUUUUAAAAUGUUGCAAAAAAAAAAAGAAAUGCACUUCAACUGGCCUGGAUCAGAUCCACUAGGCUACGCAAAAUGAAGCCUGGUUGCAGCUUUCAGCCGCUGCAGUUAACCAUUUCGUAGUUAGAAAUUUAUCACAAAUGUGCAUAGUGAAGCCUAGCUGUCUGGGUCACGGUUCAGCCUGGUAAACGCUAAGGUUGCUAUGAAAAUGUCUUUGUAAUUUUACAAAUUCAACAAGCUCAAAAAGCCCUUUAUAUAGCUUAGAUAUCUAUGAAAAUUCUCAUCUACAAUCCUAAAGGAAAGUUCAACACAAAUCAGUUUAGAGUAAACACAUUGAGGCUGGAAAACUGUAAAUUUACCUGUUUAAUCAGAGCAAUUACAAUGUUACAAUGGCAUUUCCAUAUCAGCCUCAGCUUUUUCUCGAUAACCGCAUUAGGUCGUCUUACUUCGUGCAUUCGUGAUCAUUUUUAACUACGAAAUGGUCUAACAUUUUCGAUUUCCAUCUUUCUUUUGCACGUUUUGAACAGUUUUUUUAAAAAUCCAAAAAUCACCUCUAGCGAGCGUGAAAACGUUUUUGCGAAUAUUGCCGUUUCCAUCCACCUUUUCUAAUGCAAUACUUCAAAAUGCAUUAAAAACGGUUGAUGGGAACACGGCUACUGAGGACUCAGAUCAGCAAGACUGCAAUGGAAAAAAAAUCACAACUUGACGUUUCCAACAGUCACAGCUCAGUGAGACGCUAGCUUUAAUUAGUCGCACUACAUUUUGCACAUUCAGCUGGGACGGGUGGAGCUUGUGACCUGUUCUGUGAUGUGAAUUAAAGGGGAAGAGGUGAGACUUUCUAGUUGAUUAAUUUGUUUCAUACGGACAGUUUGUGUCUUCAAGCAUUUACUGUAAAUGUUCUCGAUGAAGCCAAAAGGCUGUACAGCGUUUUUAGAUUCAGGACAGAUGUUACAAAGUCAUCCUUUAUAAAUGAAAUGUUAUAAGUUUGGGGCUGGGGCAGUGGUGCACACUGAGUUGUGUUUUCUUACCAGUUUCUCCAUUUGAAAUACUUUUACUGGUACAAAAACGUAUUGUAAUGUUUUGUUUGAUUUAUUUAGAUGUUAUUGUUCUUUCCUAGCAAGCAUAAAUAAUGUUCUGUAUGCCUGUUGCAGGUUUGCUCACUAGUUUUAUGUCAUUAAAAGCAAACUGUCUUUAAAGUAAAGGUGAUGAUGAUGAUGUGCUGGGCUCUGGAAGGUUGUAAUUUUUUCAUCACUAGUCUUUGUGAGGGGGUAGUGGACACAACUAGGAAACAAGAUAAGACUUAAAUCUAAUCAAGAGUGUAGAAUUGUCCAUGGAGACAGAUAACUAUCAUGAUUCCCUCCAUUCUGCUCAUUUUUGUCUCAUCCUGACACCACAGCAGAUACAGAGUCAGAGGGUUGUUUUUGUUUGAACCAUGUAAAAUCUAAGCAGAAGGUAGAGAUCAGGGAUGAAGUCAGUUUGUUUUGUUCUGUAGGUUUAAUGUUGGUAACAGGAAGUCAUGUUCUGCCUUAAACAUCUUUCCAGCACAUUUGUUUUGGCAUUUACAAUUGAUUUUGUUUCUGUACCGGAUCUGAAUUUUAUUUGCCAGGUGUAGCUCCGCCCACAAAUAUUAAAUGACAUGUUUUCUGUUUUUAUUUUCAUUUUUUCUGUAGACUUUGGUCAUCCAUUCUUGAUUAAAAUGACUUUACUCUUA